AUGGAGCCCCUGCCCGCCGCCCGUCAGCUGAAAAGCGGAGCUCCCGAUGCCGACUCAGCAGCCGCCCAUGCUCCGGGGAGCCCAGCAGGAAGCUGGGGAGAAGCAGAGCGCCGGGACGUGGAGCUGGCAGGGGGGACGCGGGGAGACCCAGAGGCCCCUCCCCGCCAGGCCGGGCUCCCUCGCCAGGGUCCCCCCCAUCACUGCGCCUCAAGCCCCCGAGCGGCCCCUCAGCCUGCAGGGCAACGGCCCAGACUAAGGGCCCCUGGGGGGGGGGCUGCCUGCUGCGGGGGGGGCCUGGAUCGGCACAGCGCCCCCUGCCCCCGGGGAGCGGCUCUGCAGGCCGGGCACGAAUACCGUCAGGGGCCUGACCCGGAGCCCCCGGGCCCUGGGCGCCCUCCCCCUCCCCAGGGAUUCCCGGCCUGGCUGUUACAUAGCCCAGAGAGGUCGAGGAACUUUACCAGAGGCAGGUCCCGCUUCCAUCAUGGGCCCAGAAGCCCCUUAAAGCGGACCCAGAGCAGCGAGCGAAGGCCCUGGCUCCCCCCGAGCCGCUGGGACCUCUCGUGCUCCCCAAAGGGGGCUCCGGCUAAUUACCUGCCCCCCCGGGGAAAAGCCCCCGAGGGCGGGCCCUGCUUCUGGGACCUCUGCCUCUCUCACUUGGAUGGAAGCACACAGCAGGAGCUUAAUAAAUGCUUAGACCUCAGACCAUCUUCAGGGCCUCAAAGGCAGCAGCAGAUCCUCCGGCCCCCGGACUCAGGGGCCGGCGGUGAUGGGGUAUCGGGGCUGGAGCCGGGGGGAGCGGCCUGCAGCCCCCAGGCCCGGCAAAGCCCGACCUCCCACGGCGCCGGCUCUUUCCGAGUCCGGGUUAUUUUUACUGCCGCCUCCUCCCGGAAAGGCCGGGCCCUGCCAGGACUCGGAGCCGCCUCCCCUCCCUCAGCCCGGGGCAUACGCAGGGCAGAGGCCGGAUUCAAAUCCGGGUCUCCAGGAGCCCAAGUGGGCUCUUUCCCAGCUGCUCGGCCGGAGGCCCCCGGGGCCCCCACGCCGUCCUCCCUCCGGAGGCCCCCGGGGCCCCCACGCCGUCCUCCCUCCGGAGGCCCCCGGGGCCCCCACGCCGUCCUCCCUCCGGGGGCCCCCGGGACCCCCACGCCGUCCUCCCUCCGGGGGCCCCGGUCUCUGAGCGAGGGGCCUGCCCAGGACCAGGAGGGCCGAGAGGCCUUGGUGUCCCCGGCCCAGAUCCCGCCCUCUGUCCCGACCCCCGACCAGGGGAACCCCACGCCCAGGGCUGCCGUCUAA